AUGGAUGAAGUCGAGACAGAAACGCAAGGAGUUGAUGAGACCAAGAUGAGGUCAGAUCUUCUCUGGCGGAUUACCAGUUCAUCUCCUCCGCCAACUCGCUUUCUUCUUCUAUCAUCAUUCUUCCUGCUUCUCCACUUAAUUUCUUCCACUGCCUCCGACACGCCUACAGCAUACGAUGAGCUAUUGGAGUACGAUUUUCCGGUUGGCCUUCUUCCGAAAGGCGUCACAGGCUACGAUCUCAACAAAAAGACCGGAGAGUUCAAGGCAUACAUGAAAGAGACCUGUUCUUUCAAAAUUCAGGGCUACGAUAUCAAGUACAAGUCAACGAUUAGCGGCGUGAUAGAGAAAGGGAAGCUGAAAAAUCUUAAGGGGAUAAACGUCAAAAUACUGGUGGUGUGGUUGAACAUCGUGGAGGUGACUCAUGUCGGCGAUCAAAUCAAUUUCUCAGUCGGAAUCCUAGCGGCCGGAUUUGAGUUGAGUAAUUUUCUGGAAUCACCACAGUGUGGUUGUGGAUUUGAUUGUAAUGAUAUGGUUUCGGGUUCGGAUCACAAGUUUUUGAUGUCUUCUUAG